AUGCCGCGUAAAAGACUGAUAUUGUUGGUGUCGCUACUAGCGCUUGUCAAAUUGUCACAAGAAUACGGUUCCGGAGCGCCGCCGUUGGCAUGCCUAGAUCAGUUCCCACGUCACAGCGACAUUCCCGCUCAAACAUCAGCUCCUCCGUACUCCAUUUUCACGUCACCCCAAGUGCGACAGGGUGACACCCUCAAUGUUACUAUCGGCAGUCCAUUUGGUGCACCCACACCCAUCGGUGGAUUCAUCCUACAAGCUAGGAGUAUACAGGAUCAAGACAAAAUAGUUGGCAAGUUCGUUCAAGUACCUGCUGGUAUUGCGAAGAUAAGUUCAUGUCGAGGUGACAAUGACACAGUUACACAUACAUCCCCAGAAGAUAAACCACCUCUCAGCUUUAUGUGGAGCGCUCCUACUGACUUCCUUGGCGGGAUUGAGUUCAGAGCGACAGUAGCACAAAGUUACGCAACAUUUUGGACGAACGUUGAAUCUUCAUUAGUUGAGGUAGUGACUCCCGAUACAAUCAUCACGACACCUUCAACAGUCGCUAGUACAAGCACAACACAAUCUACGCCGAUUAUUAUGCAGAAUACGGAAAAAACCACUCAAGCGCCCCUUGAUCCUAUAUAUCAGGGUUGUGCAGACACAAAAUUGUGUUUCGGGAUUCCCAACAAUUGUAUUUCAUCAGGGAAUUGCAAAGCUAUACUUGCUAUUUACGUAGCUGGCGAUAUUUAUACAUUCGAAAUACAAGGCACUGACAACCCUAAAUAUGUUUCCGCGGGGUUGAGUACGAAUAACAAAAUGGGUGACGAUAGUGCCAUGGAAUGUGUCAGAAAUGAUAAUGGAAGAAUUAGUUUAUUUACGUCUUGGACUUAUCCGAAAGAGGAGCCUUAUGUUAGAAGAUCAGAAUCUCCGCAGAAUAUAGUACAGUUGCUAGAAUCUUCGAUCAUAGAUGGAAAAUUGUAUUGCAAGUUUACGAGAGACGCCGUAUCAACUGUAAAAGGACAGACAUUCGAUUUGAUCAAUGAACAAUACUAUUUGAUGGUUUUAUCCGGUAGUUCAAUGAUGGAUGCAGACCGCGUCGGUUUCCACGACUUGGCCUAUGAAGCGUCAGGCGCACCGUCCUCUCUCGCCACAGUGGGCGCGGCGGCGCCUGCCUCUAGGUUACUCAUUAAACUACACGGAAGUUUCAUGAUAGCUGCUUGGAUGGGAGCUACUUCGUUGGGAAUAUUAUUGGCUAGAUAUUACAAAAAGACGUGGGUAGGAAAAACCCUUGGUGGAAAAGAUGUAUGGUUCGGCUCUCACAGAAUACUGAUGGUGUUAACGUGGAUAUUGACGAUAGUCGCGUGCGUGUUAAUAGUUUUGGAGGCUGGAGGCAUAAGGAUUGAUAGCAUACACGCAAUCACGGGAAUAAUUACUGUAGUAUUAUGCUUCAUACAACCCAUUGGUGCGUAUUUCCGACCUCACCCGGGAACGAAGCGGCGGGCUCUCUUCAAUUGGGUUCACUGGCUACUUGGAAACGCGGCUCAUAUACUUGGAAUCGCCAGUAUCUUCCUAUCCGUGUACCUUGUGAAAGCCGAUUUGCCAUCUUGGGCCGUCUUCAUAAUGGCUGCAUACGUUAUAUUCCAUGUCAUAACACACGUCGUUCUAUCGCUCACGGUUUGUGUUUCCGAGGGUCGAAUAAGCAACGGACGCGUGAAUUCAUUCCCAAUGAAGGAUAUGAUGGGUCAAAGACAAGUCACCAGUGUUGAUAGAAGCGACGACGCACCGUUCUCAACGUUCAGAAAAAACAUACUGGGAAUUUACGCGCCGAUAAUUUUACUUUUCACAGUCGCAAUGAUAGCUCUUGUUUCGUUGGCGCCAAUCGCCGGUUUAACUGGCAUGGUUGGAAAUUAA